AUGAAACUGCACCGUCUUCCUGGCCAACUCCCAGGUACAACUAUGUUUAUGUCCCGUGGACCACCGACGGGGCUUCCAACAUCGGCCUGGGGUUUGCAAAUUUUGAGACUCCAACGGCAUGCCAGGAGUACAUGGCAGCCGUCACUCGGCGCCUUGCCUUGGCCAAGCUUGCGGAGUGCCACGUUAGAUCUAUCGGGCGCGCUGCUAUCCAGGGUCGUGGUGCAGACCUCAGCCAUCUCGGCCUUGGGCUCUCUUCACCAGAGGAUUUGUCACAAUUCAGAAUUCAGAAUGUUCAGAAUGGCUGUGGAUUUCGAUUUUCCAGCUGAUCUGCAGCUUCCUGCCUGA